UAUUUGCAAACAUUUGCCGUGCACUUGAGUGGAGGACGUCUCCUGAGUUAUACAUGUCCCGGGGGGGGUAGAGGAGGAGAGGGGAUUUAGGGGUUGUGUGUGAGGGGACCCCGCGACAAUAUGGCCGCUGCGCCCCACCCUGGCAUCCUAUGGUCAACCCAGCAGAGUUGUGUAGGCAAUGAAGUUUCCCUGUGACUGACAGGACGGCGGUGACAGCUCCGGGGGACUUUGCACUGAGGACUGAUAUCUGUGCCCUGGGGAAGAUAUGUUGUCCUUCAUAGCCAGGAGCAUGGCCAAGCCGGCUCGCUUAGUGAGGCCAGUGUCAGUGGUAAAGCUGCCGGGUAGGUACUUGGCACACCAAGAGGGGCUGCCUCAUUUUCCGGUACCCCCGUUGCAGCAGACGCUGGACAAGUACCUUCUGGCCUUAAAGCCACUGGUCUCUGAAGAAGAAUGGAACCAGACCCACAUGCUGGUAGAAGAUUUCCGGACAUCUGGAGUGGGAGAGCGGCUGCAGAUGGGUCUCGAGAGGAGAGCAAAGAAACGUGAAAACUGGCUCGCUGACUGGUGGCUGCAGACGGCUUACCUAGAAUACCGUCUGCCGGUGGUGGUUCACUCGAGCCCCGGGGUGGUUUUGCCGAAACAAGAUUUUGCAGACAGGCAGGGGCAGCUAAGAUUUGCUGCAAAGCUGAUUGAGGGCGUUCUGGACUUUAAAGCCAUGAUAGACAAUGAGACCAUCCCUGUGGAGUAUCUGGGUGGUAAACCUCUAUGUAUGAAUCAGUACUACCAAAUUCUGUCAUCGUGUCGAAUUCCUGGCCCUAAGCGUGACUCCGUGGUGAACUACAGUCAAGUGAAGAAACCCCCCACGCACAUAACUGUGGUCCAUAACUUCCAGUUCUUUGAGCUAGACGUGUAUAACAGCGAUGGCAGCCCCCUUACCGAAGAUCAGAUUUUUAUUCAGCUGGAGAAGAUCUGGGGGACGUCCCUACAGACGAACAAGGAGCCCAUUGGCAUCUUGACUUCGAAUCACAGGAACAGCUGGGCCAAGGCCUACAACAACCUCAUCAAAGAUAAAAUCAACAAGGAGUCGGUGCGCUCGAUCGAGAAGAGCAUCUUCACUGUUUGCCUGGACGGCCCGAUGCCCAAGGUCUCUGAUGAACUCUACAAGAGCCGCGUGGCUGCUCAGAUGCUGCAUGGCGGAGGCAGCCGCCUGAACAGUGGCAACAGGUGGUUUGACAAGACCCUUCAGUUCAUAGUGGCAGAGGACGGGUCUUGUGGGCUGAUAUAUGAACACGCUCCUGCAGAAGGACCGCCUAUCGUGGCCUUGCUCGACCACGUCGUUGAAUACACGAAGAAGCCGGAUCUGGUGAGGUCACCGAUGAUUCCACUACCAAUGCCUAAGAAACUUCGCUUCAACAUCACUCCAGAAAUCAAGAACGACAUUGACAAAGCCAAGCAGAACCUGAACAUAAUGGUUCACGACCUGGAUGUUAAAGUGAUCGUUUUUGAGGGGUUUGGGAAAAAUUUCCCAAAGUCAGAAAAGUUGAGCCCGGAUGCCUUUAUCCAAAUAGCGCUCCAGCUGGCCUAUUACCGGAUGUAUGGAAGGGCCUGCGCUACCUAUGAGAGCGCAUCAUUACGAAUGUUCCGCCUAGGAAGGACCGACACUAUUCGCUCUGCCUCUGUGGCGUCCCUGGAGUUUGUUCAAGGAAUGGAGGAUUCUGCGAAACAGAACCUAGAGAAGGUGGAUCUACUCAGAAAAGCGGUUCAAGCCCAUCGUGCCUACACAGACAUGGCAAUUAAUGGAAAAGCCAUAGACCGACAUCUUCUGGGGCUAAAGAUUCAAGCCAUUGAGGACUUGGUCAGCAUACCGGAGCUCUUCAUGGAUACGUCCUAUGCUGUGGCGAUGCAUUUCAACCUCUCCACCAGCCAGGUGCCUGCCAAAACAGAUUGUGUCAUGUGCUUCGGCCCGGUGGUGCCCGACGGGUAUGGCGUUUGUUACAACCCCAUGGAAGAGCACAUCAACUUCUCCGUGUCCGCAUUCAACAGUUGUGCCGAAACCAACGCAGCAAGGAUGGCGCAUUACUUGGAGCAGGCUCUUUGUGAUGCAGAAGCUGAUCCAGAGUACCCCCAAGUCCAAGCUCUAACCGCCAUACCGAGCUGAAAAUUGUAACCGUAAUCUACGGUGCGUUAACCAGGCCACCAGUCAGCAAGCACUGAGAGACUACAGCAGCCAUAUACGAUGCCCAUUGCUUCUGGGACUAGCAUACGGGUACUAAUCGUAAUAGUCAAAGUUCACUAACUCCAAGGAACUCCUCAAAGAAAGGAGAUUUAUCACAAAAGAUAGAGGCGGUGCUCAUAGUCUGACUGGUUGUGAUAAAUCUCCCACACAAAAAUUACUCUGAUUUUAUAGAAAUUUGAGUGGUGAUUUUAUUACUUACGAGAAACUCAUUUUUUGGGGGGGGUUCUGGGGCAAUGACUAUCACGUGCAACGUUUGUUUACUGGCUAGGAAGUUUGUUUUUCUGGUGCUUGUGCGAGAUCUACAUGUAUAGACUGGUAAAGGUGCACACUAACCUAGGUGUCCCCUCUAAAUGGGUGACCUUAAAGAUUCCGAUAUGGUAAAUGUAUCGCUCAUCCAUGGGAUAGGUGGUCUGACCCUGGGACCCCCACUGAUCACUAGAAUUGAGGCCCUUUGAGGCUCUAUCCACUCUCUAUGGCUGUAUUCCCAACCAGUUUGCCUCCAGCUGUUGCAAAACAACAACUCCCAGCAUGCCCGGACAGCCGAAGGCUGUCCGGGCGUGCUGGGAGUUGUCGUUUUGCAACAGCUGGAGGCACCCUGGUUGGGAAACAUCAUUCUAUAAGAGUACAGCACAUCUUCAGUCCCAUAGCGAGUAAAUGAAGCAGUGGUCAACCAUGUGAAUUACUGCUUCAUUCACUCAGCAGCACUCGGGACCGGCAUUCUUGUGAUCAGUGGUUGGACCCCCUGACAUCAGAUACUUAUCACCUACCUUGUGUAUAGGUGGUAAGUUAUCUAUGGAUUACACCUUUUUAAGGUCCAUAUGUGGUUCAAUACAGGGGGUUUGGAAGUUUUGCACAUAAUAGGAUAAAGGUUUCUAAAGAUUGUAGCUUGCGACACGGAUCCCCCCAAUAUGUGUUCUUGAUGUGCACUUUAUGGAAGUAUUAGCGGUUGCCCUAAAUUUGUGAAAAUGGCUGCUUUCUGGUAGAGCCCCUCUUUUCUGUGGGCUGUGUCCGGUAUUGCAGCUCUGCCCCAACUAAGUUCUUAUAGAGCCCCAAAAAUAAGAAUGAAUUAUCAUUAAAUACCGUAGCUUAGGAUGCUCGGUCACACACCAUUUGUACAGUUUCUUGAUACGCCCUUCCGUUCCUGAGAGGGUUUAUAGUUGAAAGUUUAGGGAAUCAGUCAAAUGGGUGGGGCUUAAUUUUUAAUAAUGGGAGUGACUAUCAGGUGAUGGUCGGGAUUAUACAGUCAGGGGGUGUGUAUUAAGGAUACACGCUCCUCAAUGUACAACAUUCACACCACCAGACUGUAUAAUCCCGCCCAUAAACUGCUAGUCACUCCUAUUUUUUAACGGUAAGUCCCGCCCAUCUGACUCCCUGAAUUGUUAGUGUACCUGUCAGCCCCCCCCCCAAAAAAAAAUAUAUAUAUAUUGCUCAGCAUCUUAUCCUGAUCAUGCACAUAUCAUUUUUAUGUGUCUAUGACCUAUAUUUCUCUCAGAAUUAGCUUUAUUUCUGAUUUACGUUAAUGUUGUCUACUAGAAGCAGGGAGGCGGGUCCCUUUAUUCUCCUCAGGUGAUAACCACUCCCCCUAUCUCACUCUCCUCAGUCACUGGUCUUAGGAGUGAAUAUCUGUAACCCUUUCCUUUCUGGUUUUAUGCUAUACACACACACUGUGUUCUUACUGCUUUUGCAGAACUACAGCUCCCGGCAUGCCCACACAUCCUUUGAGUUGUAGUUUUGCAACAGCUGGAGGCAUAUGAUUGGUAAAAAUGAAAAAUUUACAGCAGUGUUGCUGCAGGCUGUGUUCCUCCUACUGUUGCAAAACUACAACUCCCAGCUUGCCCACACAUCAUUCGGCUGUGCAGGCAUGCUGGGAGUUGUAGUUUUGCAACAGCUGGAGGCAUAUGAUUGUAGUCCGCCAGUAUUAGAUACACACACAUUGACUUCAUUUAUUCAUACACAUGCACAUUACCUAGACAACACAGAUUUACACACAUAUAUAUAUAUCCACAAACACAUAUAAACAUGCAGGGACACUUUAAACAAAAAAAUCCUCCAUUCUGUCCCCAUCUUUAGUCACCAGCAUCUUUCAUCAUCUGCUCACAGGCAGCAGUGUACUCCCGCCCCUUCUCACAGGCAGCAGUGUACUCCCGCCCCUUCUCACAGGCAGCAGUGUACUCCCGCCCCUUCUCACAGGCAGCAGUGUAAUCCCGACCCUUCUCCUCACAGGCAGCAGUGUACUCCCGACCCUUCCCCCUUCUCCUCACAGGCAGCAGUGCACUCCCUCCCCUUCCCCUCACAGGCAGCAGUGUACUCCCGCCCCUCCCCCCUUCUCACACAGGAGACUGAAGUAAACACAGAGAGUGAGGGAGCCAAUCACAGCAGCUUUAGAUCUGCAGACCUGUCAAUCAUGAAGUGGGUCCAUGACGUAGGUGAUGACGAGUGGACACAGCCAGGCUGGUAUGUAUCCCAGGAAGCAGUUUUUUUUUUAAAUACUGAAAAUGUUUUAAUGAAAGCAAUUUCAAAAACCUAUUGGUUUUGAAUUGCUUUACAACAUAUCAAAAGUUUUUAUAUCUGACAGUGCCCAUUUAAACUUUAAACCCUCAGAUCUCAGGAACAGAAGGGCGUAUCAAACUGUAAAAAUUUGUGUGAUCAGGGUACCCCUAUCUAUUUCAUGACAGUAAAAUGUAAAUUUUUAGGGGUUGGCCUAAAAAGAACUGCAGCGGAUUUUGCUACUGCUUACUUUAAUGGGUUCAAAGGAAAAUCUGCAAAUCUGUCUCUAUUGCGGAUUUUCUGCUGACCCAUUGAAGUCAAUGGUAGUAAAAUCCGCAGAUUUUCCACAGCAGAAAAUCCGCAGGUAAUAUCCCCCCGUGAACGUACCCUUAGUGUACAUUCAGACAAGUGGAUCCACAAUGUAUUUUACGCUGCGGAUCAGCCGCCGAAGGACCCCUACAGGGUGCCUUUUAGAUGUGCCUGCUCGGAGAGGCAAUACGCCUCUACGAGCAGACACACUACUGCGAUGUGGGAGUUGCUCACACACAUCGCAGCCACUCCCCUGCUCCCUAAGCUAGGCCAAGAGCAGCCACGAAAUGAGAGUAUACUGCGCAUGCACGCGGCGACUCGCACAUAAGUGUGUCUGCUUGUAGCGGCGUAUUGCCGCUCCGAACAGGCACAUCUAAAGGCACUAUGUAGCGGUCAAUACGCUGUGGAUCCGCUCAUCUGAACGUACCCUUAAAAUGGACUAUCCAGGAAUAGAAAAUACAUAUACAUACUGUGCACCGCUUGGCGUUACUGCGGGGGAAUCCCGAUUCCGGUGUCUGCAGAAACCUUUCCGAGUAGUCCUAGUGCCUCAGAGUCAAGCAAAUGUGCAGAAUGUUUACCCUAAAGUAGACAUAAGAGCACAGCUUACAUUGUCACAUGGCAGGCGUAACAAGCAGGGCACAGUGACCGUUCUAUUUGGUUUGGCUGUUUGUCACAAUUUUUUUUUUUGCCUUAUUCUAAACCAGUAUGCCUCCAGCUGUUGCAAAACAACUCCCAGCAUGCUGGGAGUUGUAGUCUUACAACAGCAGGAGGCACAUUGAUUGGGAAACAGUGUUCUAAACUGAACCACAAUCUGUGGCCUGACUUACACCAUGUAAUGUCAGAAACCUGAUCUGUGCUCCGAGAGGGGUUUUAUGAUUGCACAAUCAGUGUGUUGGUCUCGCAAUCUAAUCCUGGCCAAUCAGAUUGGUCAUUGAGAUGGUUUUGUUUUUUUUGUCGGUCGCUGUGAUUGUUGGAAUUGAUAGAUUUAUAAUAAAUAAAAUGGAUAUAAUGUUUUAUAUUACCUGGUAUUUUAUAGCAUUACAUAGUUCAUAACAGUAACAUAGUUCAUAAGGUUGAAAAAAGACCAGAGUCCAUCAAGUUCAACCUAUAACCUUAAUGAGUCCCUACUGAGUUGAUCCAGAGGAGGGCAAAAAAAAAAAACAACUCAUACUAGAGGUAAAAAUUCCUUCCUGACGCCAAAUAUGGCAUCAGAAUAAAUCCCUGGAUCAACGUUCUGUCCCUAUAAAUCUAGAAUCCAUAACCUGUAAUGUUGUUGUUCUCAAAAUGCAUCCAGACCCCUUUUAAAUUAUUUUAGAGUUCACCAUGACCACAUCCUCCGGGAGAGAAUUCCACAGUCUCACUGCUCUUACAGUAAAGAACCCCCAUCUGUGCUGGUGUAGAAACCUUUUUUCCUCUAAACAUAGAGGAUGCCCCCUUGUUAUAGAUACAGUCCUGGGUAUAAAUAGAUCAUGGGAGAGAUCUCUGUACUGUCCCCUGAUAUAUUUAUAUAUAGUUAUUAGGUCUCCCCUAAGCCUUCUUUUUUUCUAAACUAAAUAACCCUAAUUCUGAUCAUCUUUCUAGGUACUGUAGUCCUCCCAUUCCCCGUCUUUGAACCCUCUCCAGCUCCACUAUAUCUUUCUUGUACACUGGUGCCCAGUACUGUACACAGUAUUCUAUGUGUGGUCUGACCAGUACUGUACACAGUAUUCUGUGUGUGUGGUCUGACCAGUACUGUACACAGUAUUCUAUGUGUGGUCUGACCAGUACUGUACACAGUAUUCUGUGUGUGUGGUCUGACCAGUACUGUACACAGUAUUCU